AUGACAGUGAAGAUGCAGCGGCGAGAUCGAGGGGUAGCGCAAUCGCUGGGUGGGCCCCUCACGAAGAAGGUGAAGGAGAGCAGAGUCUUGCUGGUCGGCGCGGGAGGCAUUGGAUGUGAGCUACUCAAGAACCUGGUGUGUUCAGGGUUUGGCAGCUUCACAUAUCCAGCUUCCGCUACCGGAGCGCCGGCGGCAAACGGCGUCAGCAGGAGACCGGAAGUGGUCGUAAUCGACCUCGACACCAUCGACCUCAGCAACCUCAACCGACAGUUCCUCUUCCGGAAGCAGCACAUCAAGAAGCCAAAAGCGUUUGUGGCCAAGGAGACCGCCAUCCAGUUCAACCCUUCUGGGAACAUCGACGCGCAUCAUGCCUCGAUCUUCGAUAGCAAGUACAAUGUGGAGUUUUUUGAGGGCUUUGAUGUGGUCUUCAACGCGCUCGACAACCUUGCGGCAAGAAGGCAUGUGAACAAGAUGUGUCUGGCGGCCAAUGUGCCGUUGAUCGAAAGCGGUACUACGGGCUUCAAUGGACAGGUUCAGGCGAUACAGAAGGGCGUGACAGAGUGCUACGACUGCAAUCCGAAGCCCGUCCAGAAAUCGUUCCCGAUAUGCACCAUACGGUCGACACCAUCGCAGCCUAUACAUUGCAUAGUAUGGGCCAAAUCGUAUCUCUUCCCGGAGCUGUUCGGUGCAAGCGAGGAUUCCGGAGAUAUGACGGUGACAGAGGGCGACAACGUGGACGAAGUCGCCAAGCUGAAGGAGGAAGCGGACGCAUUGAAGAAGAUUAGGAGCAUGAUGGGGAAGAGCGAGUUCGCACAGGAAGUGUUCAACAAGGUGUUCCAUGACGACGUUGAGCGGCUACGUUCGAUGACAGAGAUGUGGCAGAGUCGGAGGCCGCCUGAACCGCUCAAAUUCCAAUCGCUUGCUGCGGACUCGAACAUUGUCAAGCAAGGACAAGCGCUUGCAUCACAAGAUCAGAAGCCGUGGACAUUGCUGGAAAACAUUGCUGUGUUCUGCUACAGUCUGGACACACUGAGCAACCGUGUGAAGGCGGGCGAGAACGUGAUAGAGUUCGACAAGGACGACAAGGACACUCUCGAUUUCGUAGCUUCGGCUGCCAAUCUGCGGUCACAUAUCUUUGGCGUACAACUACACAGCGAGUGGGAGGUGAAGCAGAUGGCUGGUAACAUCAUCCCGGCGAUUGCGACAUCGAAUGCUUUGACAGCAAGUCUUUGCGUGAUGGAAGCGUUCAAGAUUCUGCGCAUGCAGCAGGCGAAGGAACUGGCGGCGAGCAACCUCCCACCGGCAAAAAUGCAGGGCGGCGCCAAGGACGAUGGGUUACUGGGUGGUGCGAAGAUGGUCUUUCUGACGUCGAAGAGUACCGAUCGGUUGAUCAGCUCGCAGUCGUUGCUGCCACCCAAAGCGGAGUGUCCAGUGUGCUCACCAUACUAUGCGAAGCUCGGGCUGCCAGAAGCCAGCAGCCCGACAUUGCAAGAGCUCGUGGAUUUGCUCAAGGAAAGGCUGAGUUAUGAAGAUGACUUCUCAAUUACAGCCGAGAUGGGCAUCAUCUACGACCCGGAUCUGGACGACAAUCUCGCGAAGCCACUGAGCGAGUUCGGGUUUACGAGGGAGAGCAAUGGCUUCAUCACGGUGACGGACGACAGCGAUACGCCGAAGGUGGAUCUGGUGUUGAGUUCGUCGUCGCAAAGCACCUCUGCGGAAGACGCGGGCGCUGGCACUUCCUUGCGCCUCUUUCCAGGCGCGAUCGAGCUCCCGCUCAAACCAAUACGGGUGAAAGACGUUCAGACCAACGGUGAUUCUGUCGAGAGGGUGCCCGACUCAGUCGCCGGAGCGAAGCGGAAGCGCGAAACUGAAGAUGAGGUGGAGAGCGCAAAGAAGCGGGCGAAGAACGACGAUGUGUUUGUGGUGGAGGACGAUGGCGGUGCGAUUCUGCUCGACGAUUGA